AUGGAGAAUGCAAAGAAUGUCACUGACUUCAUUCUUUUGAGCCUCUCAAAGAUUCCAGAGCUAAGAACAAUAUUCUCUGCUUUGUUUCUUAUCAUGUAUGUGGUCACACUCUUGGGAAACUUAUUGAUUGUUGUAACUGUAAUGAAGAGUUCGAAUCUGAGGUCGCCCAUGUAUUUUUUCCUCAUUUCCUUGUCCUUUUUGGAUGUCAUCUACUCUUCAAUCACUGCUCCCAAGUUGAUUGUAGAUUCUCUUUCUGAAAACACUACGAUCUCCCUAGAAGGCUGUAUGACCCAGCUCUUUGCUGAACACUUCUUUGGUGGGGUAGAGAUCAUCCUACUCAUUGUGAUGGCCUAUGACCGCUAUGUGGCUAUCUGUAAACCUCUGCACUACACGACAAUUGUUAGUCCUCGAAUGUGCUGGCUGAUGGUGGGAGGGGCUUGGGUGGGAGGAUUUGCUCAUGCAACCAUUCAGCUUCUCUUUAUGUAUCAAAUACCUUUCUGUGGUCCCAAUAUCAUUGAUCAUGUGAUCUGUGACUUGUUCCCAUUGUUGCAACUAGCCUGCACGGACACCCAUAUCCUGGAUCUCUUAGUCAUUCUCAACAGUGGGGUGAUGUGUGUGACUAUUUUCCUUAUUCUCAUCACUUCCUAUGUAGUUAUCCUGUGCUCCUUGAAGUCUCGCAGCUCUGAAGGAAGGCGCAAAGCUCUCUCCACAUGUAGUUCUCACUUCACAGUGGUUGUGCUGUUCUUUGUACCUUGUAUUUUCUUGUACAUGAGGCCUGUGGUCACUUACCCCGUAGACAACGCAAUGGCUCUGUGUGCUACCAUUGUUGAACCAAUGUUAAAUCCUUUGAUCUACAGUUUGAGGAAUGCAGAAGUAAAACAGGCUCUGAGGAAACUGUGGAUGAAAAGAGGACCUUGA